CCCACGUGGCUGGGCGGAGCGUCGCCGCGGCAUGGCUGUCCCCGGGUCGGGCCUCGCGUUUGAGCUGAAAAUUCCUUUUCCAUCAUCGACAUUGGCCAAGAUUGCCUUGGGUUCCCUGGCCCCAGAUCCUGAGCCUCGCAAAGGAGGGAUCACCAAAGAACUAAAUGUGACAGAAGACACCUUACAUGUGCGAUGGAGAGCUGAGGAAGCCAGGAUCCUGCGUGUUUCCAUCAGCUCCUUCUUGGAGCACCUCUCCUUGGUGGUGGAAACAAUGGAUUUAUUUGGACCACCCAUGGCUUGAUAAACUGUCACACCAGACCACAGAAGAGUAUGGAUUUGGUUGGAUUCUGGACUUGCCCAUUCAUUGCUGAUGUCAGAGAAGGCAUUGGACAGUCCAUUCUUGCAGCCAGGAUGGAAAGGAGAUGAGUACUUUGCAUUGUCAUGCUCAAGAACCCUGAUAAACCAUUGUGCACCAAGAGGCAGGCAAGUUUGGAGCUGCCUUGGCCUGUCUUCCCUAACCUGAUGCUCUCCAGAUAUGUUAGACUUCAACUUCCAUAAACCACAAGCAGUCUGGCUAAAGGUUCUAGGUUGGGGAAUACAGGUUUUAAUAAAGGAUACGUUUAUAGAAUAUGUAUUUUAUUAUAUAUUAUCCCAUUCAUCUUACAGCCUGCAUAUAUUAACUAAUAAAAUAUUUUUGACCCUGGGUGGAGACUGAUGGACCAUGGAUGGAUAUGGUCAUAAGCAAAAUCUUUUAAAAAAUGUGUUUUGGAGUGCUCCUGAAUUAAAAUGACCAUGAUGCAAACGUCAGGGGAAGCUGAUGCACAGUGUUCAGAAAAGGAAACCAUCUGUGAUCUGGAAAUAGAAACAGGAAAAGCCAUCUAUUCUUUUCAUUAAAUAUGUCAAGCAGGCAAUGCUGCAGUGCUUAUGAGUUUAUGACUGGUGACUUCUCCAGUAAAUGCAGUUGACAGA